AUGACUCUAGCGGAUUCUAGCUCUGAAUCCGUUGUUGAACCCAAGACCGGUUUCUCGUUCUCGGCUACAAUCGGAGAUUCCCGGAGAUUACUCGGCGUGGGGCUGAGGAAGAAGAGCGUGCUGGGAUUGAAGAACAUUGACGUCUACGCAUUCGGCAUAUAUGCUGACUGUGACGAUGUGAAGAAACUUGUAGGUGAGAAAUACGCAAGCCUUGCAGCUUCUGAGCUCAGGGGAAACAAGGAUUUCCUGGAUCAUCUCAUGGAAGCCGACAUAAAGAUGACUAUAAGGCUGCAGAUUGUUUACGGGAAACUCAACAUCCGUUCCGUGCGCAAUGCUUUCCAAGAAUCUGUAGGUAACAGACUCAAGAAGUUUGGUGGCUUAGACAACGAUGAGUUUCUCCAAAGGUACAAGAAGUUAAACAGGAAGAUAGAUUUAUGGGAAGCGAAGAAGAGGGACAAAGCUAGAAGGAAGCUGGACAAAUCUGAGGUCAGGGAUAACAGAACAGACUGGGUUCUCAAAAUGAAUGAACCAAUAGCAGGAAACUACUAUCCGCUUAAUCUGGGAAUCUACACAAAAGACAAGAAAGUAGAGUUGUCGGUGCUGGUUGAUAGGGCUACUGGUGGUGGUAGUAUCAAAGACGGCGCACUUGCAUGGAUGAUUCGAGAGGAGUGGAGGAGAGCCUUGAGGAAACUGUGUGUAUCAAUGGUACAUGCACAUGAUUAA